AGAACCAGCUCCAUGGCCUAAUUUAGCUCAUUCAGAGCCGUUUGCUGUACACAGCUUCAACAUCGUGUAUGUUGGGUCUAAUCGAUGUGACAUUUGGCAGUGAAGCAGUUAAAGGAGAAGGUGUCAGCCUCUUGGUUUCUCAGGUGACAUUUGCAGCACGAUCAACAGCAACCAAUCCUCCAGGAGAGCGUGAGGAAGAGGAAGGAAAACCUGACGGCAGAAGGGGACCUGGAGUUACAAACCAUGUUGAGAUGAGGACUGAACCGAAGAGACAUCAGAAACAAGGACAAGAAGGAAGCGUAGGGACGACCACCUGACAGCACACCGGAAGAAGCAUCGUUUGAUGUGAGAAUGCUGGAAGCAGUGAAUGACUUUAAGGACCAGAGCUUUGACAAGCUGAGACGCUCCUGCCUACGUCGAGGGGCGCUCUUCAAAGACCCUCUGUUCCCUGCCACAAACCAAUCCCUCUUCUACAAGAGGGCGCCCCCACCUGGACUGACCUGGAAGAGGCCGCGGGAAAUUUGCAGGGACCCUCGUUUGUUUGUGGAUGGUAUCAGCACUCGCGACUUGCACCAAGGCAGUCUGGGUAACUGCUGGAUGGUGGCAGCCAUUUCCUGCUUGGCAUCCGAGCCCUCACUGUGGAAGAAGGUCAUUCCCAACCACAUGGAUCAGGAGUGGAACCCAAAGCGUUCAGACUUGUACGCAGGGAUCUUCCAUUUCAGAUUCUGGCGCUUCGGACAUUGGGUUGAUGUCGUUGUGGACGACCGUUUGCCGGUCAGUCAAGACGGAGUCCUGCUCUUCUGCCGCUCAGCAACACCAAGAGAGUUUUGGAGCGCCUUGCUGGAGAAGGCCUACGCCAAACUAAAUGGCUGCUAUGAGGCUUUAGAGGGAGGAAACACUGCGGAGGCCCUCAUCGACUUCACUGGAGGAGUUUCGGAGCCUCUCAGCCUGGACUGUGAGGCCCUCAGCCUGAGCAGCGAGCGGAGGAAGGCACUCUUCCAGACAUUAGUUAAGGUCCAUGAGCAUAAAUCCCUCAUCACGUGCUCCAUCCGGCCAGCUGAGGGGGAGACGGUGGAGUCGGUGUUGGACUGCGGGCUCGUACGAGGACACGCCUAUGGCAUCACAGCGAUGAGGAAGGUGAGGCUGCCGGAGAAUCCGCCGAGGACAGGCGGGACGUUCCGACUCUUUAUGGUGCGCAUGAGGAACCCGUGGGGGACCACGGACUGGAAAGGAGCCUGGAGUCAGGGGUCAGAGGAGUGGCAGCAGCUGAGCCGAGCAGAGCGGGAGAAGAUGGGGUUUGUUGUUCGUGAUGUCGGAGAGUUCUGGAUGGACCUCCGGGACUUCUGCUGCUACUUCACAGACGUGGUGGUGUGCCGGCUGGUGCAGAGGACGCUGCUGUGGCCGAGCUCACACUGGAGAGAGACGCAGAGCUACGGGGAGUGGGCUCCAUCUCCAGUUGCCCCCGGCACAGCGCCUCUUUCUACGGGGAAGGUCAGGGAGAGCAGUCAGGAAGGAACCAAAAGGGGAGCGGCCAUUGAGGAGAUGGACAGGAGGAGUCGCUGUGGGGGGUGCAUCAACCACAGGGACAGCUUUCUGCACAAUCCACAGUACAUGUUUGAGGUGCAAAGCAAAGAGGAGGAGGUGCUGAUCUGUCUGCAACAGGAGGAUAGGAGGGUCUUGAAGAAAAACGGUGGAGGGGAAAACCUGCCAAUAGGCUUCGAGGUGCUGAAGGUGGAGGCGAACCGCCGCAGCCGAGUGCAGCUGGUGGUGGAGCAGGCGGCCAGCUCCAUCUACAUGGACUCCCGCAGUGUGACCCUGAGGGGAACUUUGGCUUCGGGUCGAUACGUGGUGCUGCCCACCACCUUCCUGCCGGGCGACACCGGACGCUUCCUGCUGAGGCUUUUCUCGCACUCUAACGUCCAACUCAGGGAACUAAAGGAAGAACUGCCAUCUCCGUCUUUGUUCCAAUGUUUUCUACCUCAGCCAGUGGUGGUGACCACAAUCCAUCUGCGCAGGGCAUCUGGACUCAAACCUCCCAAACAAACAGCUCCAGAUGUUUACGCCGUGGUGCGGUGUGAGGGCGACGCCGUCAGGACGCGAGUGUUCAAAGCUGAGGACGGAGACCCCGAAUUCAACCUCCGAGCCGUCUUCUACAGAAGAUACCCCGACAACAACAUCUCUGUCGAGCUGUGGAGCACAGGCCUGCUGUGGGACUCCCUCCUCGGAGCGGCUCGACUCCAGACGACAGAAUCUGAGAGCAGCCGGAGCCUCGUGAUUGAUCUGCGAGGGGGACGGUCGCGCUCAGGGUCCAGAGGCUGCAUCUACGUGGAGACGUCCACCAGCGUCUGCCUGACGGAUUUGUGACAUCUGUCUGGUUGCCACGGCAUCACCAAGAUCAUUUGGAUGAACAGCGGAGCAAAUAGACGACGACUGUCAGGGACAGCAAGUAUAGCGAACCCUUUUUCUCUGUUCAGGGUUUUAUUUGGCUGCUUUUAUUAUUAUUUUUUAAUACAACAAUUAUCUCUGUUUCCUAUAUAUAUUAUGUUUUUUUUUUGUUUUAUACAAUAAAUAAUAAUACAUCAUGUGCUUCUUUUAUUUAAUUUAAAGUCAAAUAUUCAUAUUUUUUAAAUAAAUCUUAAUGGAUGUUUCUUGAAAAUGUGAUGUUCCCAAUUUUUAUUGUAUGUUCUUAAUGCUCUAUGCAACAGGAGUUCUACCGGCUGCACAGUCCAAACAUUAGAAAGCUGUGACUGCAAUGAUUUUUAUGCUGGCCUGUAAUUCCUAACCAAAUUGUACAUGGAUUACCAGAAAAGUCCAGUCAUCGUAAACAGACUAAUAACUUCUGUUUGUCUGCUUAAACCAAUAACUCAUGGUAAGAUUAAACUGCCGACCAGAUAUGUGGCAAUAGAGUACAACUGUAUUGUACCAACUAGAGCUGACCAACCAGCUGUGUGCUGAUGAGCAUCAGACCCAAAGUACUGCAGUGCUAUCAGAGAAAGAGCCCUCUGCUGCAUCCCCUGCUUAUUUGCAUCAUUACCUGCGCCAAACUAUAAGGAGUUAAGCUCACUCCAUGUUAUAUUUGAUUAUUUGGAGUAUUAAUACAGCUGAUAUUGCCCAGAAAACUUACCAAAAGCAUUCUGUCCAGACAAUAUAGAGCUCUGCCUGGCUGCAAACGUUCGAUAAGACAUGCUAAUUCUGCAGUAUUUGUUUAUCAAGAUUAGAUCCCAGUCGUCUUCGAACGUCAAGCAGGCAGCUGGUUUUAUGGUGGCAGACAUUAUUUCACGUCUUUAAUUCUUUAGUACAAGCAUUUUGUUGCAAACAAAACGCUACUUUUGUUGAUUUACGACUGAUGUCUUUUUCUGCGAUAACCGUUGCAUCUAAGGUGCUCAUCUCUUUCCACUGUUUCUCCAUUCUGGCUCUGAGUUUGACUGUAUUGUAUUGUGAAAAUGUAAAGUGGACCCUCAAACGUUCACAGUGCGAUAAUCAUUAAUUCAUUUAUUUUCAGAAGAACUGGAGUCCAAAUUAUCCACAUAAAAUUGUCUAUUCAUUUUCUCUUUUUUUUUUGUAGAGGACUUCUAAGAUAUUAAAGAGAAAACAAAGCUUGAUAAGCUGAAAAACCUAAAGGGCGAAGCUAUUUGACAGAAGCAGGUGUUUGAAAAGUAGCCAAUCCUGGAGCACCACUCAUUUUCCUUAUUGCUGAUUGGCUGUAACCCCGAUGAGCUGAGAUUGGGAAGACUUCAGAUGUUCGCUUCUCCUGUAGUGCAAAGAAAGUUUCAACUGUGUGCGUUAAUGUAUAUUAUGGUAAAUUUGGUGCCUAAAAUAUUAAAAUGGGCAGUUAUAAACAUUUUAGAGGGUCUCCCAAGUAUUUCCGGUUUUUGAGCUAUUUACUAUAGUUUGUU